CUGUAUCUGUAUCUAUCUCUAUAUCUAUAUAUAUUUCAAAAAAUCUCUUUCACUCAAAAGACUUCUUGAUAUCCCAUCAAAUGCGCCACCGUCAUCUCCAAUAAAACCCAUGGCCGCCGGAACCACCGCCAUCAACCACCGUCAAAAACCCAAAGUUUGUUUCUCAUUCGCCGCGUAUUCCAAAACUCUAAUCUCCCAUCUCCACCACCAUUCCACCAUCCCCAUCGCCGCCGGCCUAACGGAAACCGAACUAACCACCAUUGAAUCCACUUUCAGCUUCACAUUCCCACCGGACCUCCGUUCUAUUCUCCGGGAAGGCCUUCCGAUCGGCCAAGGCUUUCCGAAUUGGCGAUCAUCUUCCCUUCAACAGCUUGAUAUUUUAAUCAAUUUGCCUAUUUUGGGAUUAUGUAAAGAAAUCCACCGGAAAAAAUUCUGGUACCGCCGGUGGGGUCUCCGGCCAGUUGAUAAUGAUAAGGCUGUUGAAUUGGCAAAAGGGUAUUUGAAAAAGAUUCCGGUUCUUGUUCCGGUUUACCGGAAUUGCUACGUUUCUUGUUCCCCUGUUUUGGCGGGAAACCCGGUAUUUUAUGUAAAUGGGGUUGAUGUGAAAUUGUGUAGUUAUGAUGUUAUUGGGUUUUUUGAAAAGAUUGAAAAUUUAUCGGAUACAUCUGAGUUAAAAGACUUGAUUUUUUCGGGUAAUUUGAAACAGGAAAACGAAUUAUUUUGUUUUCCUGUUUUUGAAAAGAAUGAAAGUAGUAAUAAUAAUGGGGUGGUGAAGAAGGUGAAGGGGACAAAAUUGGGUGACUUUUUGAGCUCUCCGGUUUGGGCGGCAACGGAGGCGAGAAAGGUGGAGUUUUGGUCGGAUUUGAUGGAGCUCCGCCGUGUACGGUGGUGGUGUGAUGGUGAGAUUGAGUUGGGGAGGUGUUUAGAGGAUGUAAGAUUGAAGUUAAGAAAUGGGGGGUGGGAUGAAGACGAUGUGGGUGAAAUGAUGAUGGAAAUGGACGGUGGAGAUCAGGAUAUGGUGAUGAUGACGUCAUUUCCCGAUGACGGUGGAUUUAGGUGGCGUGUGAGGGAAUUAUCAAUGAGGUUAUUGAGUGGUGGAUGGAGUAAGGUAGAUGUGGUGGAGUUGCUUGGUUGUUUGACUGAAAUUGAAAAGGUUGAAGAUCGGACGGUGGAGAUUGAAAAUGGUGGGGAUUGGUUGUUUGACUUUCAACACAUGAGUUACAGUUGUGUUGAUGAUAGUCAAUGUGAUAGUGCAAGUUUAAGGCCGGUGUUGGAAAUACAUGCAAUUAAAAAUACUUCUAUUUCAAUAGUGGUGUAGCCGUGUAUAUUUGUUAAAAGUGCAUUUAUGUGUAGUCAAUUCUUGUUGUUUUU